GCCAGAUGUAGUGGGUUAUACACAUACCAAAUUAUUAUAUGCCGUAUUAAUACAUGGCUGGAUUGAUAGACAAUGACCUCUAGUGGUAAUGUUAAAUAUUGCAGCUACCUCAGGAAAUGUAUAUAUUAUUCAGUGUCAUCACUAUCCUGUCAUUGUCCUUUGACUAGACAUUAAAUGGUAUUGAAUUGAAUGCGGGAGUUCUAUUAGUUGAGCAAGAUCAAUCAUACUUACGCCUACUUUUAAUAUGGACAAAGUUACUUAUCUUACUGAAGAAUGUCACUUUUUUUAUUCAACUAUUAUAUUCAUAUACUGUAACUUGUCUGCUGAUGGCCAUGCUGUAGUUGAACAUAUCCUAGUUGUCAUAACAGAUGAUAAGGUAGUUAUUAGUAUCACAGCUAUUUGAUAGAAGAGAAAGGGAGAGCAUUAUAUGAUACCUUGAAUCCACUAUCUCGGUUUCCACAGCAACCGGUAUUAAAUAACAUGUACUCUGUGGUGGACUUUAGAACUGGCAGGCAGAUGGGUGUGGAGACAGGUGAGGUGAGCCAGGUGCAUUCUAGGAGAGAGAUCUCUGACUACAGACAUGGCUAAAUUCCUGUCAGGAACUCAGAUCAACGAGUUCAAGGAAUGUUUCUCCUUGUACGACAAGAAGCGCAAAGGGAAGAUUGAAGCCAAGGACCUGAUCACAGUUAUGCGCUGUCUGGGGACAAGUCCCACCUUUGGUGAGAUCGACCGACACCUGCAGGUCCACAAGAUAGAUAAGAAGGGCGAGCUAGACUUCUCCACCUUCCUGACCAUGAUGCAUCGGCAGAUCCAGCAGGAGGACCCCAAGGCGGAAAUCCUGGAGGCCAUGAGGAUGACGGACAAGCAGAAGAAGGGCUACAUCCUGGCCUCAGAGCUCCGGGCCAAGCUCACCAAGCUGGGAGAGAAGCUAACUGAUAAAGAAGUGGACGAGCUAUUCAGAGAAGCCAACGUGAAGUCUAAUGGCAAGGUGCACUACGAGGAGUUCACCAGGAUGGUGACACUACCGUCAGUGGAUUACUGAGGGAGAGGACAGGAGGAGAUGAUGUCCUUUAUGACAGGGAAGCAUGGUCAUGGAAGGGACCUGGUUAUGCAUGCACUGAGCAUUACCCAACCACCUCCAUGCACUGAGCAUUACCCAACCACCUCCAUGCACUGAGCAUUACCCAACCACCUCCAUGCACUUAAUUUAUUGAUCAUCUAGGUUUGUGUCUAUUGUACUCUACUUUCAUUUAUUCAAGUGCAUUUGAUGAAUUAAAUGAUGUCUUUUGGGGGGGGGUUAUUUGAGUAGCUGCUGCAUGUGCAAUAUGUAAUGGACAUUAAAAUCAACUAAACUCCCUUUUGAUUUUGAGUUUUAAACUGUU